AUGCAGUUCGAUGCUUCAGAACAUCCCCACCGACGAUACAACCCUCUGACGGGGAAACAUGUCCUCGUGUCGCCGCACCGGACGAAGCGACCGUGGAACACCGAGGAGCCCGUCAAGGUGCAGCUGCCAGAGUAUGAUCCCAAGUGCUACCUCUGUCCGGGGAACAAGCGCAUGGGUGCUGGCGAGUGCAACCCGCAAUACCACGACACCUACAGCAGAGCUGACAUUUAG